AAAGGCGGCGACCGGAGAGAUUAUCCAAGGGAUGAUAAGAGAGACUUCCCAAGAGAUGAUAGAAAAGACUAUCCAAGGGACGAUAGAAAAGACUAUCCAAGGGAUGACCAAAGGCCGUACCCAAAAGACGACAGGAGGGAUUAUCCACAAGCUGACAGGAGGGAUAUUUUACGGGAGGAGGACAGGAGACCCAGAGAGGGCUCAAAUGAUAGGCGUGGUCAAGGCGAACCAUACAGGUAUAGAGACGAUCAAGGUAAUGAUCGCAGGCGGGAUGGUGGGAGGAGUGACACUAGAGGGCCAGAUUCCAGGGGACCAGAUCCUAGAGGACCGGAUCCAAGGGGUCCAGACCCAAGAAAGCCUGAUUCAAGAGGCUAUGAUUCAAGAUUGUCGGACCCUAGAGGCCUUGAUCCACGAGGGCCUGAUCCACGGGGGCCUGAUCCACGGGGGCCUGAUUCAAGGGGGCCUGAUUCAAGGGGACCUGAUCCAAGAGGAAUAGAUCCAAGGGGUCCAGAACCCAGAUAUCCUGAUGGACGAGGAGGUAGAAGAGAUGAACCAGGACCUGGUAGAAGGGGUUUUGAUGAUAAUAGGGAUAGAGGACGGCCCUCUGAUGAUAGAGGAAGUAAUAGGGAUAGAAGAGAGGAUGACAGGUAUGGAAGGAAAAGGGAGAGGCCUGAUGAUCCCCACCAGGUUCAAGACUCGGCUGGGUCCAAGAGGAUGAAGGAGGAUGAAAGAGACCAAAGGGCGCGACCAGAAGAUGGUGGUGAAUUCAAGAGACGUCCUGGAGAGAGCUAUAGUGAUCUGUCAGAAGGGGGGAGUGAUGAUAUCCACAAAGGCUCCCCUGCCUUCCGGGAGAGGGAACGACUGGGUCGAAGGGGUGAGCCAGGUGAUCAGAGAUCAUUCCCUCAAAGGGAUUCCUCAAGGGAGUCGAGCCGGGAUAGGAGAGGGCAAGAUUUAGAUAAGACUCCUAGAGACCUUGCAGAACCCACCAGGGAACGAACCCGUAGCAAAGAACCAGAGAGUGCUCAAAGGGAAAGUGCCAAGGGCAUGAGCAGCAGAGAUAACAGUAUGGAUAGGAAUGAUCAAACACCGUCCCAGACAGCUCAUCGAUCUCGCAGAAGCAUGAGUCGGGGAAGCACCGGAAGUCGCAGCAGCUCAAUCGUCAGUGCCAGAGAGAAACAUGAAGACAACACAGAGACCCUCCGCGUUCAAGAACACCCGAGUCGUGCAUCUUCCAGAGAAAGCACAACCAGAACUCGAUCUGAGCCAUCAUCGGAUGCCCCGCGAGAUCCAUUACAUCCUCAAGAUGAUGCAGACAAUAAGACAGAGGCUGAAGAGAAUAAACAGCUGCCAUUGGAACAAGGUGUCCAAGAGCAAUUGAAUAUAGAGAUGCCUGCAACACCAGUUUCCCAGGAAGCAGAGACAGAGAAGAUGGGUGAAGUCCAGGAUGAGAAUGGAGCCAACGUGGCCAGCAUGCAGGAUGAAUACGAGGACAUCAGCGAUGAAGAAUUUGAGGAUUCUGCUAAUGGUGAUAGAUCCAGGAGGGGAAGAAGCGGAAGCCAAGUAGAAGCAAAACCAGCCAAUGUUAUGGACGUAGACUGGGCUUUCAUGAUAAAGGACCUACAGCAGCCCGUCAAGACCGCCAUGCCUGCCGAGGCGUCGGUCCUCAAGAGGUUCUCACCAGGCCAUGUCCUUGCAAGGAUCGGUGUCUCUCGCGCUCUGGCUGGACCUGAUCUCAUGGAGGAGAUUGAGAAAGUCUGCAAGGAAGAGUUCAAAGAUGAAGGAGAAGAAGCACCCACAUUCAAGCAUCAGAUCGGCGCCCUCAACGCCCUAGCCAGGAGAAGGUGGCUUGAACGUCGUAACCUGCUACAGGACAUCGGACCCUGCCGUCGUGCUCUGUGUGCCCGUAGGGACAUGGCUAUCCGCAAACAGCUGAGGAAGGUCGAGAAGGACCCGACGGAACCGGUGUUUUCCAGCGCCGUGGACGCAGACACGGACCUCUAUCGCUUGAGCAUUCAGCUUCUCAAGAAUAAGCAAGAGACUGAGACAAAACCUCCUCCUCAGGUCCCUGUUAGCUCUUAAUUUGAUGGUUGUUUCAUGACCCAAAAUAAUGAAUAGAUUUCAGAAUUCAAACCAUCUAAGAGUUUGAGUCACCAAGAAUGUGAGAUAAUCAUGUUGGUUGGUAUGAAGUAUGAAAAGAAAGGAGUUUGUACGAAACAAAUAUUGUAAAUUUGCCUUGAUUUCAGUGUUCUAUUAUAUAAGGUAGCCAACCAGCCAUUGAAGGGUUUGUAACUCCUUAAAAAUUUGCUUCAAAGUGCCCAGCUUGUAUGAUUUCAGUUUCAUUUAUUAGGGGGGGGGGGGUACCAAGAUUCAAUUUUAAAUGUCUGAUUGUGGUCACAUAUGUAUUUUUAGGGAAACAAUAUGACACGUUUCACUUUCUUAAGAUCAUGAGAUUUUAUUUGACAUGCAUUUAAUGCAAUGUCUAUUUUAAUUAAUUAAUGUCUACUUUAAGUGCAGGAAUCAAUUGUUGAAGAUGUGAAAGAUUAUGCAAUGGAAGCAUUGAAUUUUACUUGAAAGAGGUUUGCCGCCAUUGAAUAGGUUAGACAGUAGUGAUUCCCAAAUCCAACAUUCACAGCUACAAAGUAAAAACUUCUUCAUUCAGAAUCAAACUGCACAUUUUUUAUCAAAGAAUCUUAAAGUGAUUCCAAUCAUUCCAAUUCGUAUGUGGCGUACUUGUUUGAUAAUUUUAACUUCUCUUUUGAAAUACUACAGAGAUAGUUGAUGGUUGUAGGGAAAUAUGUUUAGAAUCUGUAUAGAAUUUGCAAGGGCAAAUGCAUGAGAGAGAAGCCACGGCUCAGAGGUGAUUUGGUAUUACAUAGUAGUAGUAGUAGUAGUAGUAGUAGUAG